CGCGGAGGCCUUGCACGAUUCACACAGACCGGGCUCGAGGAUUCCGCAGGAGUGGCUUCUACAGCUUCACCUUUAGAAGUUUCAAUCUCUUAAAAGGAUUCCUUCCGUCUGUGAGGCUUCUCCGUCUCGUGAUCUAUGAGUGGGUGAAGGGAGAGCAGGAGGACCGCGAGGAAUGAGGGAGCUAAGUUCAACCACUUUGUGAGAAGACAACAUCUGAUCGGACUCCCUCGCCAUGAACGGGAGAUGUUUGGGCCUGCUGGCCCUCGUGCUUGCAGUGGGACUCGGCAGCGGUCUUGGGGUGCUUGCAGAAGACGCCAGGAAGGACUCCGUUGCCUCUGCCGACUCUUCGAAGAGCAAGGAGAGUAAAGUAAAGAAAAGAAAAGCCGACGUGGGCAACAUCCCACCGCCGCCGCUGUACCAACUGCCGAACAGCGGCCUUGCAGUGCAGCCCCUCCCCCUGGAGUCUGUGUCGCAGCAGUACGCGCCCCCGCAGACGCAAGUCAUCCAGCUACAGCUCUCGCAGCCGAGCACGAGCUACAGCGCCCCCGCGCCGCAGCCCCAAGAUACGUACUUCGCCCCCACCGGCCCCCAGGCGAGCAACGCCGGCUCCGGAGGCCUGAUCAGCUUCGGGCCCGCUGAUGCCGUGAGCGGGCCGGGUGCUGGAUACGCGGCGCCAGCUGUGAGCCAGCCCUCCAGUGGUUAUUCCGCGCCAGCUGUGAGCCAGCCCUCUAGUGAUUAUUCCGCGCCAGCUGUGCCUGCACAAUCUUACAGUGCGCCAGGCUUAGGCGGCUCUGGUUCCUUGGGAAGCUCCGGCUCCUUCGGAGGAUCGGGCUCCUUCGGGGGAUCCGGCUCCUUCGGGGGAUCCGGCUCUUUCGGAAGCUUAGGCGGCGGAAGCAGCGGCCUCGGCCAGAGUUACAGCGCGCCAACCGGUCCCAGUCAGUCUUACGAUGUGCCAUCUGUUCCUAGUCAGUCUUACGACACUCCAUCUGUCCCAAGCCAGUCAUAUGAAACGCCAUCUGUCCCCAGUCAAGCUUAUGACACGCCGUCUGUCCCCAGUCAAUCUUACGACACACCAUCUGUCCCAAGCCAGUCUUAUGACACGCCAUCUGUUCCCAGCCAGUCUUAUGACACACCAAGUGUCCCAAGCCUAUCUUAUGACACGCCAUCUGUUCCCAGCCAGUCUUAUGACACACCAAGUGUCCCAAGCCUAUCUUAUGACACGCCAUCUGUUCCCAGCCAGUCUUAUGACACGCCAUCUGUCCCCAGUCAAUCUUAUGACACUCCGUCUGUCCCUAGUCAAUCUUACGACACACCAUCUGUCCCAAGCCAGUCUUAUGACACGCCAUCCGUUCCCAGCCAGUCUUACAAUGCACCGUCUGCCGGAAGUGGCCGAGAUUUUGGAGGUCAUGCAGGCGGUAUUGGAGGCGGCUUCGGAGGCGGCGUCGGAGGAGGUGGAAGUUCCUACAGCGCUCCUGAAGCACCGAGUUCCUCCUACAGCGCCCCCAUUAGUGGAGGAGGUUUAGGUGGAGGGAUAGGCCUGGGAGGAGGUGGAGGAGGAGGAGGAUAUGCAGGCGGCGGUGGAGGAGGAGGAGGUCAUGGAGGUAUUGGUAUUAGUGGAGGCGGAGGUGGAGGAGGAGGGUAUGGAGGUGCGGGUGGAGGGAUAAGUAUUGGUGGAGUAGGAGGUGGAUAUGGAGGUGCGGGUGGAGGAGGAAGUGGAGGAAUAGGCAUCGGUGGGGGAGGACAUGGUGGAGGAGGAGGUGGAGGUGGAGGAGGAUAUGGAGGAGGCGGUUCUAUUGGAGGAGGACAUGGGGGUGGAGGAGGCGGAGGAGGAGGAGGAUAUGGAGGAGGCGGUUCUGUUGGAGGAGGACAUGGUGGUGGAGGAGGCGGAGGAGGAGGAGGAUAUGGAGGAGGCGGUUCUGUUGGAGGAGGACAUGGAGGCGGAGGAGGUGCUGGAGGUGGAUACGGGGGAGCUGGUGGAGGAAUAAGUAUCGGUGGAGGAGGCGGGGGAGGUGGAGGCGGAUACGGUGGAGGCAGCUCAAUCGGGGGAAGUGGAGGCGGGUAUGGAGGUGCUUCUGGUGGCGGUGGAGGAGGCCAUGGAGGAAUUAGCAUUGGUGGAGGAAGUGGAGGAGGAUAUGGAGGUGCAGGAGGCGGAGGCGGACAUGGCGGAGGAGGCGGAGGAGGAUAUGGAGGAGGAGGAGGAGGAGGAGGCCACGGAGGAGGAGGAGGAGGCGGAGGCGGAGGAGGAUAUGGAGGAGGAGGAGGAGGAGGUGGACAUGGCGGAGGAGGAGGAGGCGGAGGAGGAUAUGGAGGCGGCGGAGGAGGCCACGGAGGAGGAGGAGGCGGAGGAGGCCAUGGAGGAGGAGGAGGAGGUGGUGGAGGCUAUGGAGGAGGCGCGGGUUCAGGCGGAGGGUUCGGAGGUGGAGGCUCCAUCGGCGUGUCCCUCCCUUCGAGCUCUUACGGCGCCCCCGAAGUCCCUAGCACUUCCUACGGCGCCCCAGAGACCCCGGAUACUUCUUACGGCGCCCCUGAAGUCCCUAGUUCCUCUUAUGGCGCCCCUGAAGUCCCUAGUUCUUCCUACGGCGCCCCUGAAGUCCCUAGUUCCUCAUACGGUGCUCCUGAAGUCCCUAGUUCCUCUUAUGGCGCCCCUGAAGUCCCUAGUUCCUCUUAUGGCGCCCCUGAAGUCCCUAGUUCUUCAUACGGUGCUCCUGAAGUUCCUAGCUCCUCAUACGGCGCCCCUGAAGUCCCUAGUUCCUCAUACGGCGCCCCUGAAGUCCCUAGUUCCUCAUACGGCGCUCCAGCAGGAGGAGGAGGAGGAGGAGGUGGAUUCUCCUCGAACUUCGAAGUAGUCCACCUCGACGGCGACGGAGGGGGUUCUCAUGGUGGAGGCCAUGGGGGUGGAGGAGGAGGUCACGGAGGCGGUGGAGGAGGAGGAGGGUAUGGUGGAGGAGGUGGAGGUGGACAUGGAGGCGGUGGAGGACAUGGAGGCGGUGGAGGACAUGGUGGAGGACAUGGAGGCGGUGGAGACCACGGUGGAGGUGGAGGAGGCUAUGGAGGAGGAGGAGGAGGUGGACACGGAGGCGGUGGAGGCCACGGAGGAGGUGGAGGAGGAGGUUAUGGUGGAGGAGAAGUAGGAGGUGGUCAUGGAGGAGGACAUGGAGGCGGCGGAGGAGGAGGGGGAUAUGGUGGAGGAGGAGGUGGUCAUGGAGGAGGACAUGGAGGCGGAGGAGGCCAUGGUGGAGGUGGAGGAGGAGGAUAUGGUGGAGGAGGAGGAGGUGGACAUGGAGGCGGUGGAGGUCAUGGGGGAGGAGGUGGAGGUGGCUAUGGAGGAGGAGGAGGAUUUGGAGGCGGUCACGGCGGCGGCGGAGGAGGAGGAGGAGGCUAUGGAGGAGGCGCAGUAACUGGCGGCCACGGUGGAGGAGGAGGAGGCUACGGAGGUGGAGGAGGAGGAGGCUACGGAGGAGGAGGAGGAGGAGGCUACGGAGGUGGAGGAGGAGGAGGCUACGGAGGCGGCGGCGGAGGCUACGUGCUAGUCCGGAGGCCACGCCCACGUCCCUUCAAAAAGUUCUUCGACAAGUUCAAAGGCCUCUUCAAGGGAUAACGAAAGCGUUUGGCGUCGAACUAAAAACGUGACUAAUCCUGUACAGCUUCUUUUUUUUUUUUUUGUAUCUCGUGUAUAUAACGAUGUUGCCUUUUGUUGUUUCUUUACGCUUGUAAUAUUUGCAUAUAUAUAUUUUUUUGUAAAACACUUUGUUUAAUAAAACUCUUGUAAGUUAA